UCUCUCUCUCUCUCUCUCCUCCUCUCCAUGGCGUCCUUUGAUGACUCGGUGCGGACGGUCGAGCCGACCCAUCUGCCUGCGGGGCCUGUCCCAUCAGCCACUGUGUGCAAUGGCUACGUGCGUGGCGAGACUGAUCUGGCCGAGUAUCUGACUGCCCAGCUGAAGAAGCGAAUCAUGAUUCUCGACGGAGCCAUGGGCACCAUGGUCCAGAAGGCCAACCUUGUAGAGGCCGACUUUCGCGGAGACCGGUUCAAGGACCACCCGAGUGAGCUGGGCGGGAACAACGAUCUUCUCUCGCUGACGGCGCCGGCGGUCAUCGGCAACAUCUACCGGCAGUACUUUGAGGCCGGAUCAGACAUCAUCGAGACGAACACGUUCUCGGGAACGUCGAUCGCCCAGGCCGACUACGGGCUCGAGGCACUGGCCUUUGAGCUCAACUACCAGUCCGCCGUGCUCGCGCGACAGGAGGCCGAGAAGGUGAUGGCUGCCGACCCGUCGCGGCCGCGGUUUGUGGCCGGUGCGUGCGGGCCGACGAACCGCACGGCGUCGAUCUCGCCGUCGGUGGAGGACCCGUCGGCGCGGAAUGUGACUUUUGACGAGCUCGUCAAGGCGUACAAGGAGCAGGUCCGUGGGCUGGUUCUCGGCGGCGUCGACAUCCUCAUGGUCGAGACGAUCUUUGACACGCUCAACGCGCGCGCCGCGCUCUACGCUAUUGACGAGCUGUUCGAGGACGACUGGGGCGGGCGUGUCAGCCGGCUUCCGCUCAUCAUCUCGGGCACGAUCACGGACCUCUCGGGCCGGACGCUGUCUGGCCAGACGACCGAGGCCUUUUACGCCUCUGUGGCGCACGCCAAGCCGUUCGCCGUCGGCCUCAACUGCGCGCUCGGCUGCGAGCAGAUGCGGCCGUUUAUCCAGCGAAUGUCAGACGUGGCGCCGUGCUUUGUCUCAUGCUACCCGAACGCCGGCCUGCCCAACGCCAUGGGCGGGUACGACGACUCGCCGGCCAAGAUGGCGGGCGACCUCAAGGAGUUUGUUGACGCUGGGCUUGUCAACUUUGUUGGCGGUUGCUGCGGCUCGACGCCGGCGCACAUCAAGGCAAUUGCCGAGGUCGCUGCCAACGGUGCGCCGCGCACUCGACAGCCGAUUCCCGAGGACUCGAUGAUGAUGCUCUCGGGCCUCGAGCCGCUGGUGGUUGACAAGUCGCGCUUUGCCUUUCUUAACGUCGGCGAGCGUUGCAACAUUGCCGGCUCGCGCAAGUUUAAGCGGCUCAUUGCCAACGGCCAGUACCAGGAGGCCAUGGAUAUUGCCGCCUCACAGGUCGAGGCCGGUGCCAUGGUCCUCGACUUUAACGUCGACGACGGACUCAUUGACGGCGUCAAGGCCAUGACCAAGCUCCUCCGCAUUGCCGUCACCGAGCCGGCCAUUGCCAAGGUCCCGUUCAUGAUCGACUCGUCGGACUGGGACGUCAUCCUUGCCGGCCUCAAAGUCUGCCAGGGCAAGUCAGUCGUCAACUCGAUCUCGCUCAAGGAGGGCGAGGCCGAGUUCCUCGCCAAGGCCAAGAUUGUCAAGCGCUUUGGCGCUGCCGUCGUUGUCAUGGCCUUUGACGAAGAGGGCCAGGCCGCGUCGGCCGAGCGCAAGGUCGAGAUCUGCGUCCGCUCGUACAACCUGCUCACCGCGCCGCCGCUCUCCUUCCCGCCAAACCUCAUCAUUUUCGACCCGAACAUUCUGACCAUCGCCACUGGCAUGGCCGAGCACGACUCAUACGCCGCCGACUUUAUCAAGGCUACUCGCGAGAUCAAGGCCCAGUGCCCAGGCGCCAAGAUCUCCGGUGGUGUCUCGAACCUCUCGUUUGGCUACCGUGGUGUGAACGUUGUCCGUGAGGCCAUGCACUCGGUCUUUCUCUACCACGCCAUCGACGCCGGCAUGGACAUGGGCAUUGUGAACCCGACCCACCUCGCUGUGUACGACGACAUCGAGCCCGAGCUCCGCGACCUGGUCUCGGCGGUUGUGCUCAACAACGGCGCCAAGGUCGGCAUCGACGACGCCACCGCCAAGCUCCUCGAGCGUGCCGAGGCCGAGCGCGCCAACAAGGAGGCGGGCGGCGGCGCGGCGGCGGCUGCCGCCAAGGCCGCGUGGCGUGAUUUCUCAGUCGCUGAGCGUCUCAAGUACGCCCUCGUCCAUGGCACGACCGAGUACAUCGAGGCCGAUACCGAAGAGGCACGCCUCGGCGCAUCGUCGGCACUCGAGGUCAUCGAGACGCACCUCAUGGACGGCAUGUCUGUCGUCGGUGACAUGUUCGGCUCGGGCAAGCUCUUCCUCCCGCAGGUUAUCAAGUCUGCGCGGGUGAUGAAGAAGGCCGUUGCGUGGCUCACGCCGUUUAUUGAGGAGGAGAAGGCGGCCGUGAAGGCCGCGGCGGUGGCAGCGGUGGCCGACGGCACCGCGUCGGCGGCGCAGGCCGCCGCUGCCGCCGGCGAUGGCGACGACGCCGACGCCGAGUCGUACGCCGGUACCGUUCUUCUGGCCACCGUCGCUGGUGACGUCCACGACAUCGGCAAGGGCAUUGUGGCCGUUGUCCUCGGCUGCAACAACUACCGGGUCAUCGACCUCGGCGUCAUGGUUCCUACCGACGUCAUUGUCAAGGCUGCCAUCGAGCACAAGGUCGACGUCGUGGGCGUCUCGGGCCUCAUCACGCCCUCGCUCACCCACAUGGAGAAGAUCGCGAUGGAGAUGAAGCGCCAGGGUCUGGAGAUUCCUCUGCUCAUUGGCGGUGCCACGACGUCGCGCAUCCACACGGCGGUCAAGAUUGCGCGCCACUACGCUAGCCCGGCGUCGCCGGUUGUGCACUGCCUCGACGCGUCGAUCGCCGUCACGGUUGUCUCAUCGCUGUUGGACCCCAAGUCCAAGCCCGACUUUGUGGAGGAUCUGUUUGACCUGUACCAAGAGAUCAAGGAGGACUACGAGGCGUCGCUCGAUGACGUCUCGCUCGUCUCGCUCGAGACGGCAGUGAGCAAGCGGCCGGUGCUCGACUUUUCUGACGCCGCGCUCGCGCGGGCGCCGCCGGCGCUCGGCGCCACGGCGGUCGACAUCCCCGUCGCCGAGCUCGUCGAGCUCAUCGACUGGAAUCCGCUGUUCUCCUCGUUCCAGCUCAAGGGCCAGUACCCGAACCGGCGGUACCCCAAGAUCUUCAACGACGACCGCGUCGGUGCCGAAGCCAAGAAGCUCCACGACGACGCGGUCGCGCUGCUGCAGAACAUUGUUGACGGCUCGACGCCGACGCCUGUCGCCGUCCGUGGUGUCGUUGGUGUCUACGCCGCCGCCGCGCGGCUCGACGGCUCGGCCGUUGAUGUCUACGCCAAUGCCACCGACGCCGCGAGCCCGACCGCGACCUUCCACAUGCUCCGCCAGCAGACCGAGGGCGCCAGUGAGUACGCGUCGCUCGGUGACUAUAUCGCGCCCGCCGGCGACGACGGCUGCCCGCGCGAUCACCUCGGUGCCAUGGUGGUGUCGGUUGUCGGUGCCGACGAAGCCGCCACCGCUUACGCCGCCGACGGCGACGACUACCUCAAGAUCCUCAUGCAGGCCGUCGCCGACCGGCUCGCCGAGGCCGGCGCCGAGUGGCUGCACAAGUCGAUCCGGACCGACGUCAGCGUCUGGGGCUUUGCUGCAGAGACCGAGGACCUCGAUGCCGAUGGCCUCCACAAGGUCGCUUACGAGGGCAUCCGUCCUGCGCCGGGCUAUCCAUCACAGCCGGACCACACUGAGAAGGCCACGCUCUGGUCGCUCCUCGACGUCGAGGCUCUCAUCGGCACCUCGCUCUCCGAGUCGUACGCCAUGAUCCCGGCUGCCUCGGUCUCGGCCAUUGUCUUUGCGCAUCGUGACGCCAAGUACUUUGCCGUCGGCCGGGUCGGCGACGACCAGGUCGCCGCCUACGCAGCCGCCAAGGGCAUUCCAGUCGAGGAGGCGGCGCAGUGGGUGAACCCGGGCCUUUAGCCAGCGUCCACAAGCGGAGCCCUGGUCAUCGCAUGAGGACGAGUCGAUUACACGCCUGCGCGCUACCGACUCGCUCCGUAUUUUAAAGGACUUGCUCAGCA